AUGGGAAGUGGAAUUAAAGAUCCAAAGAGGUAUAAGCCAGGUCCUAAUGACCCUGUUCUACCACCGCAAUUAAGUGAAUUUCAAGAUAAAAAUGCAGAUGAGAUUUUGGAAGAGUUGAACAGACAACCAUUUUUCAUGACUCAGUUGGAUGAAACUGAUGGUGAUAAAGGUGCAAAUUUAGAACUGGAAGCAUUGAAGGCAUUGGCAUAUGACGGUGAACCACAUGAAGUGGCAGAAAAUUUUAAGAAUCAAGCUAAUGAUCUCUAUAAGGCCAAAAGAUUUAAAGAAGCACGGGAAGUUUAUAAAAAGGGAAUUGAAAUCAAAUGUAAUGAUGACAAAGUUAAUGAGUCGUUGUUUGCAAACUUAGCGGCUUGUGAAUUGGAGAUAAAGAAUUUCCGUCGUUGCAUUAAUCUAUGUCAAAAGGCAUUACAAUUCAAUCCAAAAAAUAUGAAAUGUUACUAUCGAAUUGCAAAGGCUUUUUACCAGUUGAAUAAAUUAGAUGAAGCAAAGGAAAGUGUCAAAUUUGGGUUGACCAUUGAUUCUGAAAAUAAGUCUUUGCAAACAUUAGAGGGCGUCAUUGAUCGUAAGCAACAAGAAUUGCAUGAGGCAGAGGUAAAGAGAUUGGAAGAAAAACAGAAGAAGGAAAAUUUGCAAUUUAUAUUUAAUGGUGCACUGCGAAUGAGAAACAUUGAUAAUGUUGCUACUGAAAAACCAUCAGAAUUGGUUCAGGAGGCUGGUAUAUCAUUGGAGGACCCAUUAGAUCCACAAUCUCAAUUGAUUUUCCCUGCGAUAAUCAUGUACCCAACGACAGAUGAAUUUGAUUUCGUUGCACAAGUGGGUGAAUUGACCACUGUACAAGAAUUGAUAGAGUUAAUCAUGCAAAGACCACCGGAGUGGUUCCAAAUUCCAGGUCAUGAAAAUUUCCAAGUGAAAUCGCUGUUGGGAUUUAUGGAGACUCAAUCAGGUGGGUUGGUUAAAGUCGGUAAAAAAGUGGCAUUCCACGAUAUUUUGAAGAAACAAACACCUCAUAUUCCCAUGUUUGACCACGCCAUAAAGAUUUACCUUGUGCCUAAAUCUGAAAGCGAACAGUGGGUGUCACAAUGGGAUAAAACUAAGGCUCUUCAAAGAAGACAAAAAUAA